UUUACUCAACCAAAGUUUUUUCGCUAUACGGCAUGAGUGCGAAUUUGAUUUGUGUUUUAAUUUUAUUCUUUAUUUCUUUUUCAUCUUGCGGUUAUCAGCCUACGGGAGAUGAAGUACAGCCUGGUAGUGUUUUGUUACCAGCGACAAGACGAGGAAGAUAUUUGGCUAAUAUAGUGAGAAGACAAGCUGUCGAUGGGACAGGAAUUAAAUUCAAUAAGGAUGCCGAUAGGAUGAAUGCAGAAGCAAAGAAAAAAGUAGACGUGUUAUCAGAGGAGCUCUUGCCAUAUAUAAUAGCAGAACAAGAAAGACGUACAACUCUCUAUAAAAGAAUUAUGACAGCUAUACAAAAUGGAGAAAAGGGUGUAACUAUCGCAGAGAUGAGGAGUAAACCUCCCCUCAUUAUAAGAAAAGGAUUGCUAUACCGAUGUCCCACUAACCUGUUGCCCAAAGAGCCUGAUGGCUCUGGUUUGAUAAUGUGCGAAGAUGAAAUCGAGCCAACGCAAAUUAUGUAUGAUUCCUGCCUUAGUGCUGAGGAUAAGGAACUAUAUGUGGCUGAGAAUAAAUAUUUCUUCUGUAAUCGUCAUAAAAUAGAAGGCCCGGACUUGCCUCGUAACGGUUCAACUGUAAUUGGUUGUGCGCCUAUUGAGAGAACAUCCCUUAAUUAUACAACCAGUCGAUGUGCGUUAGAAGCUACUGAUGACGUCGUUGUCCAUUAUCGCUACUAUCCAGAUAGAACAUAUAAAUUCGUCACGGAAUUGGAUCCAGACAAAGAAGUUUGUGAUCAUUGGAAUCCUUGCCAAAUUGGAUAUAUUUUCAGUCUACCUUCACCAGAUCAAGCGAUGCUAGCUAGUGAAUUGUGGCGUAAGUAUUUUUGUGACAGAAACGAAGAGUUUGUAUCACAGAAGUCUAAGAAUUAUACAAGUAGUACUAAAAAAAUUGUCAUUCCCGAGGGGUAUAAAUUUAAUGACGUUGUUUUCACGAAAAAAGGAGCGACAAGAAAAUCUCAUUCAACCCAGACCCGUGUUCCGCUAGAUAAAUCAUUAUACACCGCAAAGAUUAGCAAAUGUGGACGAUUUGUGAAAUUAACAUUACAUUUUCCGGACUGGUCCAUUGAAUAUUACGGCAAUUAUGAAGUUGAAGCUGUUAAAAAGAACGGGAAAGAUGCACCACUUUAUCUCAAAGCGUUUUAUUUAACUCAAAGUUCGAUUUCGAUCCAAGCGCGAUCUAUGGAAGUCCACCUGGGCCAGAGAGCCAAUGCUACUUCCAUUCCGAUGCGCUGCAAUCGAUGUCAGUUCGGCUCUAUUAUGGUGCGGGCGAAUGAUGGCAGCAUCUAUGUGUUGGAUACGGCUAAAUAUCGCAAAAGACAUUAUAUUGACAAACAAGGAAAACGUCAACUAAUAUUAGAAAUUGAAGUCGAAGGCAAUACGCCGCAAGGGUUCGGCGAUUACUUUGCGCUAAUGUAUAAUGGGGAUGGUUAUGAAGAAAAAGUACGACUUUUGACUGUUUUGUCUCCAGAAAAAGAUACUGGAAACAUGGUACAAACAAGUCGUUUAACCGCCUCAUACGAUGUGGGUAAACACGUCGAGCUGUCUAUGAACUAUUCUUGUGAAUCCUGUGAGCUAUCCGAUGUUCUUUGCAAUGGGGAGAGUAUGAUCUCCACUGAUAAUGUUCACAUAAUAGCAUCAAAAAAUUUGGUCAAUUUCAACUUUCCCAGGUUUGAAGACACUGCAUCCUGUGUAUACAUGGGAUCUUUUAAUGAUAGUGGAAAAGUGUUCACGAAAAUUUUGGCUGUUAUUGAAAACAAUUCGCCCGCUGUUACGAUACCAAAAGUAGAUGUUCUAAAUGCACCAAAUGAAGGAGAGCAAUUCGAACAUGAAGUUCCGUACAGUUGUGACAAUUGUCUCGUUGAUAAGGUUUACGUCAACGGCAUACCUUUAGAAACUUCAACUAGAAGAAGUUCACUUAACUCAAUAGCAUUUUAUGUUACUUCACCAACAGCAAUAACAAUUCGUAUGACCGAGUACACAUCCACAUUCGAAGGGGUGUUUCAAGCAGUCUUUAGUGUGGAUGACGAGAAAAUCACUAAGACAAUUAUGGAGAUACAAUCGGAAUCUGAAACUACAACAGAUGGUACAACGGUAGCUUCAAGUUCAGAUGGACAAUCUAAUCCUAACGAUUCCACUAAAAGUGAACAACCUAAUCCCAAUGAUUCAACUACAGCGACUUUACCUGAUACAAGUUUAGCAGAUACAAAUAAUACAUCUACGGCCGCCCCAUCAUGAAAAGUGUUCAAUGUCAUCGUGAGACUCCAGGCUGCUGAUAUUUUUUGAAAAUAAAUAGAAUUAAUUUUA